AUGGUGGCCAAUCGCCUCCAAGAAAGCAGCUCCCCGCCGAAGCAAGCCCCUGUCGCCGCCGACAGCACCAACGGCCCGCUGCUGCGUUUCCAGGAGCAGUGCGGCCACGGCUGCCACCUUCCGGCGAUGGCGGAUGGGGAGAACGCCCUUGGCCCGCUCGCGCUGACCCUCGGGGCCCCAGCGGCAACUGGUGACGCCUGCCGGCGCUGCAGCACGGGCGACGAUGCCCCGGCUCCGGUGCCGGCGAUGUUGCCGGAGGUACUGCGCCGCUCGCGCUACCUGAGGCCGGCGCAGGAGCUGCUGCGUGACACGGUGUCCAUGGGAAGAGACGUGGCCGUCAACGACGAGAGCGAGGAUGCUGGCGAUGAUGCUUACCAGGAAAUGCUUGCGACGACCCGCCGGCUCCACGGCAAGAACGGCGACGGCGUGCAGGCCAAGCUCCUCGGUCUUCUCAGCGAGCUGGAGAGCCGGCAGGAGCACUACUUCCAGGAGCUCAGCCGCGUGGCGGCGUCGUUCGAGCCGGCGAUGGGCCCCGCCGCGACAGAAGGGUACACGUCCCUCAUGUCGCAGGCCAUGUCGCGCCACUUCGGCAACCUGCGCCGCUCCAUACUCCGCAAGCUCGCCGCGGUUAGUAUGCCGCCGGCGCCGCCGACGCUGUGGGUGGACCCGGACAGCGAGGAGGAGGAGGACGAGGACGACUGCGACUACGACCCCGCGCGGCGUGUCUGCCAGGAGGACGUGGUGAGCAGGCUGGCCAGGCGCACCAAGCAGGCCGCGGCGACGCGGGCGGCGGAGCAGGUCUGCAGGCCGCUCAGGGGCCUGCCGGAGGAGUCCGUGGCCGUGCUCCGGGCCUGGCUCUUCGACCACUUCCUAGAUCCGUACCCCAGCGACAACGAGAAGCUCAGGCUGGCCGUGAGCACAGGCUUAAGCAGAAGACAGAUAUCCAACUGGUUCAUCAACGCACGGGUCCGGCUGUGGAAGCCCAUGAUCGAGGAGAUGUACAACGACGAGUUCUCCCAGGAUUCCAGGGACUACGGUGGCGCGCCGUCUUCUUAG